AUGGAGAAUUUUAGAUCUAUGUCCACUAGAGAAGGUAGGAUGCAGAUGGAGAGCUAUCAUGGAGACGGAUCAAAUCCAACCAAUAUGCAUGAUCUGAGAAGUUACAGUACUUCUUAUGUUUCAUCUGUGCAGCCACCUCAUAUGGGUAAGGAGGUGAUCAAGAUCAAAAAAGGCAAGAGCAGUGUUGGACCUGCUUUAAAAAGUUGGAGUUUCAAUGAUCCUGAGUUGCAGAGAAAGAAGAGAGUUGUUGGGUACAAGGUCUAUGGAGUGGAGGGUAAGAUGAAGGGUUCUCUAAGGAAGAGCUUCAGGUGGAUCAAGGACACUUUCAAUGGAUUGUGGUGA